GGGGAGCCACUGGGCUAUACUGGGAGCCACUGGGAGUAUGUGAUGUGGAAGUGGGAGUCACUGGGAACAUGAGGGGCCUGUUACUGGGGGGACUGGGGAGCCACUGGGCUAUACUGGGAGCCACUGGGAGUAUGUGAUGUGGAAGUGGGAGUCACUGGGAACAUGAUGGGGUUGUUCCUGGGAGUCACUGGGGGGACUGUGGAGCCACUGGGCUAUACUGGGAGCCACUGGGAGUAUGUGAUGUGGAAGUGGGAGUCACUGGGAACAUGAUGGGGUUGUUCCUGGGAGUCACUGGGGGGACUGGGGAGCCACUGGGCUAUACUGGGAGCCACUGGGAGCAUGUGAUGUGGAAGUGGGAGUCACUGGGAACACGAGGGGGCUGUUACUGGGAGUCACUGGGGGGACUGGGAGCCACUGGGAGUAUGGGUUGGGGAAGUGGGAGUCACUAGGAACAUGACGGGGCUGUUACUAGGAGUCAGUGGGGGGACUGUGGAGCCACUGGGCGAUACUGGGAGCCACUGGGAGUAUGUGAUGUGGAAGUGGGAGUCACUGGGAACACGAGGGGGCUGUUACUGGGAGUCACUGGGGGGACUGUGGAGCCACUGGGCGAUACUGGGAGCCACUGGGAGUAUGUGAUGUGGAAGCGGGAGUCACUGGGAACAUGAGGGGGCUGUUACUGGGGGGACUGUGGAGCCACUGGGCUAUACUGGGAGCCACUGGGAGCAUGUGAUGUGGAAGUGGGAGUCGCUGGGAACAUGAGGGGGUUGUUACUGGGAGUCACUGGGGGGACUGGGGAGCCACUGGGAGCACGUGAUGGGGAAGUGGGAGUCACUGGGAAUGUGAGGGGAUGAUAACUGCGAGUUACUGGAGCCAUGUCAGGGGGAACUGGGAAUUACUGGGGGGUUACAGGAACUGGUAGUCACUGGUUGUUACUGGGAGUCACUGAGGCUUGGGGGACGGGUACUGGGACUGUGUGUAGAGGGGAGCAGGCCCCCAGUGGGGGUUACUGGGAGGUACGGGGGAUAGAGGGGACACUGGGAGUUAGUGGGGAGGGGGGGGUUACUGGGACUUACUGGGAGUUGUCCCACCCCAGGGUGCCACCAAUGGCCGAGAAUCACCCAGAGCCGCCAGGUCUGCAGGGUCUCGUCCCCCCAUCACACUUCGUGCUCCGCCCCCCCGGCCCCAGUGCCAGGAUGCUGGAGGCGGAGCUUGAGGCUGAAAGGAGGAGGGGCCAAGCCUUGGAGGCAGAGCUUGAGGCUGGGAAGAGGCGGGGCCAAGCACUGGAGGUGGAGCUUGAGGCUGAGAGGAGGCGGAGCCAGGCCUUGGAGGCAGAGCUUGAGGCUGAGAGGAGGCGGAGCCAGGCCCUGGAGGUGGAGCUUGAGGCUGAGAGGAGGCGUGGUCAAGCCCAGGGGGCGGAGCCUGGUGGGGGUCAGUCCCCAGAGGAGUGCCAGGCCACGGUACUGCUCCAGGCCCGGCUCAGCGCCCUCGGCCACAUCCUGACCCUGCAGGAGCGUGAACUGGGCCGUGAGCUGCCCCCCCCCGAGGUCCCCAUGGCGGUGGCCCCCCCCCGGCUGCAGGCACUUUUGGGGUGCUGGCGGGAGAAGGUCUUCGCCCUCCUGGUGCAGCUGCGGGUGCAGGAGGAGACGCAGCGGGUGCUGCAGGCGCAGGUCGGGGCGCUGGGGGCGGCGGUGGCAGCGGGGACGCGCCGGGUGACGCGGCUGGAGCUGAGCCUGCGUGAGAGGGCAGCCACCGCCAAACUGCAUCGUCGGGACACCGAGCGCCUGGCGCAGGAGGUGACGCGGCAGCGGGGACGGGCAGAGGCGGCUGAGGAGGCACUGGGGGGACUGGCCCAGGCGGCUGCCAGGCUGGCCGGGGUGGUGACAGCUCGUGAGGCUGAGGUGACGGCAGCCACCGGGACCAUGGUGACCCUCAGCGCCCGCCUGCGCCGCGCGGGACAGCGGCUCCGCGUCCUCCAGGUGGGUGGCCCUGGACUCACCCUGUCCCCAAGGCUGGUGACCCCGGUGUCACCCUGUCCCCUGUCCCCAGGGCUGGUGGCUCCGGCGGUGGCCUUGGACCGGCCACGGUGGCAGCAGGACGCGGCGGGGGACGACCCGGUGGCCGAGGUGACAGGCAACACACAUCAUCUCGCAGGGACGACAGCCAGGCUCCGGCAAAGCGUGGUGCCCUUGCGGGUGGAGGCGGAGGUGACGCACGGCCAGGUGACAAAGGACGACGUGAUGCAGGACGAGGUGGCGCGGGGCAAGGUCACCCCCCAUGGAGGCAGGACCGGCCCUUCCCCAGGCAGAGCGGCACUGGGCUCCCUUGUGAUGCAGCUGCAGGCCCUGGGUGCCGCCAUCCUCGGGGACGAUGGGGACAACGGUGACCCCUUCUGACCCCAGCCAGCGGGGAGGAGACCAGUUUGGCCCAGUGCAGCACUGGUGUGACCCACACGUCACUUCCCAGACGUCAUUCAGCUCCUGCUCAGGUUUAUGGCUAAUGCAGCUCGUGCCGUGCGUCCCGGGGGAGGGGACGCGGCGGGAUACGGAGGGACACGAGGGGACACGGGGAGCACCGGUUCCACGCCGGAGGACGGAGAAGCGCUCGCGUCAUCACCCGGGCAGCUCGUUUUACUCGUAGAUACACAAAUUAACGAGUUAUAAUCGAUGGAACCUCACAAAUUCGGUGAAUGAGCAAAUUCAGGUGAUAAACUACUCCGUGCAAAGGGGGAUUGAGCCCUUGUUGGUUCGUUAUAUUUCUUAACGAGCGCGUAAAGUUUAAUUUUGAGCGAUCCAAACGGACCGUGAUGUUUUAGCGGCGGCGGAAGCGGGAUCUCUCCCGGCGUUCGUGAAAAGGACUGGCUCCUAUUUUCUUCUCAUGUAAUUCCUCCGCGGGCAGCGGAGGGGAGGCAGCAGAAGCAGGCGGGAGCUAAAAUACCUUUUAUUGCUGGGAAUAAGGUGCCUCUCAACUGGGAGCCCCGAGAAGGACCCCGUGUUUCGCUCUCAAUUCCUUAUAUCCAAUUUUCAGACCACUCAGAUACUCGUUUUUCCACGACGUCGCUUGUUGCCGUCCACUUUGGAGCACUUGUUCACGCCCGCGCCUCGUGAAAAGGCGCUUAAUGCGUGUUUCUUAGCUGAAUUUGCGCUAUUUUGUUGUAACUUUGCUGCUUUCGGCCCGUUUUGGUUUCUUCUUGACAGCAGACCCGCUUGUAGAGGCGAGAUCGCUCUUGGUCAAGCUCUUUUGGGCAGCUCUUUGAAGCCAUCUUUACCUCGGAGCUUUUUCUGGUGUAACGUUCCCUCCUUUUGUUUCGUGCGGACUUUGGAGCAGAAUGUUUGUGUCCGUGAAUUUGAGCGAGCCAAGUCGAGUAGGUUUGAGUAAACCAGCCGAAUAGUGAUCCCUAAACCGAGUAAAACUCCUAAUAUUUUCAA